ACGAUAUUUACAUUUUGAUGAAAACAGAAAGUUGCAUGAAAUAGUCAUGCAUUUAUCCGUUUUGCUUCCAAAAUGAAUGCCCGAUCCCAAAUAUUUGAGCUGUCAGUUGAAGGGAGGCAGAUUGAAGAAGUUGUCCUCAGUUUAUUUCACAGCCUUCUGUUGCAUAGAACUCUAGGGAAGUUUCACUAUAAACAAGAAGGGAGCUAUUCAAUUGGGACAGUAGGAGUUGAAGAGGUGGAUUGUGAUUUUGUGGAUUUCACAUAUAUACGCUGCAGCUCAGAUGAAGUGGAUAGGGAACUCAAACGUGAAGUGGCUGUUUUCAGAGAUGCCCUGCGUAAUCAAGAUGAAGACAGGUGUGGGCAGAUUUCGCUAGAAUUCUAUCAGAAGAAACGUGCUAGGUGGCCAUUCCCUGCUGAGUGCAUACCCUGGGAGGUGUGGACAGUCAGGUUGGAGGUCAUUCAGCUUGCAAAUGAACAUGAGAAACAAAUUUGCCGGGAGAAAGUUGGCGAAAUAUUGGGGGAGAAGAUCUGCUACAUUGCAGAGGCCAUGAACCGACACGAAUACGUGCCAAAGAUGCCUAACCAAUCAGAGUUGGAUCUCGUGUUCGAUGUAAAUUUCAACGACGUGCAACCAUAUUUACAUAAGAUUUCCUAUUCAACGACUGGUCCGACAUCCACGUCUGUUGGCACCACCAUGAGAAAGUUUAUCAAGGAUACUCUGGCUCUCUAGUAGUAGUGGAUAAUAGCAAGAAUUGAUCAAGACUUGUCUUUACUAAUUCUGGACUUCUGAUAAAUCACUCUAGAUGGCCCAAUGAGUCACAUACCUUUUCAGAGCCCGUGCGAACUUGGUAACGUCAUGACAAAUGCCAACAGCUGAUGAUGUAAAUGACGUCACACAACAUUACGUUGGACAAACUAACAGGGCCAGCAGGUGACGAUGCAACGCAAGAAAAUCGAUUGAAUUGGUUGGGGGAGACGUGAUUGGUUUCACGGUUGUUGUUUUAUCUCUUUUGUUGUAUUCCUGGUGUAAAAGAAACCUAUCUUCAUCGGAGUUUUUUAAAAAGGUACUUGACUCACUGCGCCACUACACCAUUAUUGAUAUUUCAUUGCUUUGUGUGGUUGAGUAAUAAGUGUCCUGUUUUCACUUGGUCAAAACUAUUAUACACACAAAGCAAUUCUUUGGCUCUGUAAGAUUUUCGAUGAAAGAUUGAUUAUGUUCUCGUAGGCUCCCAUGCAUGUUGUGUUCUUAAAUUAUUUUGUAAAUAUUGAUUUUGUAGACUUGUAUAUAAAAUGUUGUAUAUUGACUUGAAUAUUGAUGUUUGUGGCCUGUAGGCCUACACACAAGAGCAUGGUCAUGCAGUGACCAGGACCUCGGGGUGGGGGGGGGGGGGGGGCAGAGAUCAGAAACCAAAACUUUGAUUCAUCUUGAACUAAGGUACAUAUGAGCUUGCCUCUACCAGAUCUGUGGCCUCGUUGUUUUUGUAGCAGGUUCUCAUUUUACAUGGUGGGUUGCUGGCCCACCGCUGAACACUCCUUUCAGGCCUGAGACUGGCUGACUGAAUACAGAACAGGCAGAGUUUAACAAUCCAUGUAAUCUCUAAUCGGUAAUUAGUCUCCACAUUACUCGCAAGCAAAUGGAGGUCGGUUUAUAUGUACAGUGUAGAAUUUAUAAUGUACAAGUUGGAGUCUUUAAAAUACAUGUGCAGUGUCAUCA